AGCUAGUACUAAAUGGCGUUCGUGCGCACGGUGGACUGUAAACAUUUCCACGGUUAUAACUGUAACUGUCUAAUUAAAUUAAAGCAUGUACUCGGAUGUGUCUAACAGGCAGCGCAGUUACAAGAUGUUUAUUUUCAACUUUCAGGUCGGUUUAUGUGCAGCGCUGACCGAAAAUUAUCUCCUAGAAGACGAAAGCGAGGCAAACGUAUAUCCGAUGGAAAACGAAGACGGCCACGGAAAAAAGGACACAGAGUCUGAGGUGUUUGAGCUCCGCUUGAAAGUAGAGUCUUUGAAACAAGAGCUACAAGAGUGCACAGCCGAGCUGACCAAGUUACAGAAGCAGCUGAGCCACUCCGAAAGACUUCAGCAGAGCACAGAGAGCUACAAUGAAGACCUCCGGAAACAGGUUGACCAGCUGAGUACAGAGAUUCAUGAGCGGAAGAAGAAAGAUAAAGACAGGGUCAACAGCGAAACACAGACAGAAGAAUAUGUUUGGACAGAAAGUGAUUAUUAUAAUUACUACUACAGAGGUUAUUGCCAGAACCCUGAGGGCACAGUCGUUCAGGAGAGCCCGACCACAGAAGCAGCAGUGGUGGCGGAUGUUGCAGACUGCAUCACCGCAGAAGAGGUUUCAACAGCAAAUGAAGCAGCAGCUGUAAAUGAGUCAAUUCCUCCAGACAACUGUGUAGUAACUACAACAGAGGAGGGUGAUGGAGGAUCCAUAGCUGAUAUGUUGAGGGCCACUGCUGAGGCGGCCAUGACACAGACAGGGUUUGUCUUUGAUGAGACUACGGGGAUGUAUUAUGACCACAGCACGGGCUUCUACUAUGAUUCGGCCAGUCAGUUGUACUAUGAUGGCAACACUGGUAUAUAUUACUACUACGAUGCAGAGAGUGGACGGUAUCAGUUUCAUUCGAGGAUCGAAGUGGCUGCUGUACAGACUAGUGGAGAGUUCUGCCAAGAAAAUAAUCCAGCCGAAAAGAAAGGCAGAAAGUUUAAGAAGGCGGUAAAAAAAACAUCAAAUCAGGAUGAUCAGGAACUCGUAUAUAGUGACGCAAGACCAGAAAACGAAGAAACCGAUUGGGCUGAGCGGCAUACAGGUAGAAGGAAAGCAGAAUCACGAAAACUGGACCGAAGGUCUUGCAGUCCUGACUUGGCUCCACACAGAAAGGACUCCUCUAAACGUCAGGAAGAAAGGGACAGAUCUUCAUCCAAGAGGAAAAAACUGAAAAAUGGUUCCCAUCACAAGGAUAAGAGAAGGUCGAGUAAGAAGAGGAAGAAGUCUAAAUCGGAGAAGCACAAAAAGAAGAAGAACCUGGCCCGGAGUGACGAGUCGGAGCACAAUAGUGAACCAGAAGAGGGUGAGAUCACUGAGUCAGAGAAAGAAGACUUGGUAUCUACUCCCUCAUCUUCAUCAGCUUCUAGUUACCACUCAAAGGACAGUCCAGAGUCAGAAAUGGAAAUGCAGAUUCAAGAAGUCAAAGACAUUUGGCCUCCGUGUGUAAGAGUGACCGUGGUUAGGUCUCCGGUGCUGCAGGUGGGCACUCUGUUCAUCAUCACUGCCGACUCCACGGCAACCUUUGGCAGAGAGAAAGAUAUGAACCAUGCAGUUCAAAUACCAGAAAUGGGAGUAAGCAAGCUUCAUGCAGAGGUGUACUUUGACCAGGAGCAACAGAGCUACAUGCUGGUGGACCAUGGAAGUCAAAACGGGACAGUCAUCAAUGGCAACCGAAUAUUACAGCCCAAAACCAAGUCUGAGCCUCAUGCACUGAUUCAUGGGGACGAGGUUAAGAUGGGGGAGACGGUGCUGUCCUUCCAUAUCCAUUCUGGGACUGAUACCUGUGAUGGCUGUGAGCCCGGGCAGGUGAUGGCUCACCUCAGCAAGCACAAGAGAGAGGAAAACAUUGGUCCUGGUCUCAACAAAGAGGACAAAGAAUUGCUUAGACAGAAGGAGCUGAAGCAGAUGAAGGCUAAAUAUGGCCUGCAAAGCAGCGAGUAUGACGAGACCAAAGCCCUGAAGAACCCUAAAUACAAGGAUCGAGCAGAGUCUCGACGACAAACCAAAGGGAGCGAGGGUGUUUUCCAACGAGACGAUGCACCAGCUUCAGUCCAUGAGGAGAUCAGUGAAGUCAAUACAGGCCGGAAGAUGUUGGAAAAGAUGGGUUGGAAGAAGGGAGAGGGACUCGGUAAAGAUGGAACAGGAAUGAAAGCCCCGAUCGAGCUGAAAAUCAGAAAGUCUCAGUUAGGCUUGGGAGCAGGUGUUGCCACCUCACUGGACGACAUGUCUGUGACUAAAUCCAAGUCUCAUAAGAACUGGGAGAGAGCACGUGAGCGGUUUGCUGAUGCGUGUCAGCCUGACAUGCCAUCUUCUAAAACACAGAUGAGCAAAUCUUCUAAAGCCUGGGUCAGAUCGGAGGAGACAGAGACCUCAGAAACAGGGAGUCAAAAUUAAAAGUCAACACAGAAUACAGACCGUGGCUUAUCAUGGGAGGUUUAACAUGAGAACAGAGUGCUCUCAUUACCUAAAUCAGUGUGUACAUUUUAAACAAACUGUUGAGUGUUGUGCAUCAACAGGGUAGCUAACAGGUUCAACUGUGUCAGUUCAAGGAUCAGUAUCGUUCCACCCAGAGCGGGCUGUGCUGCUACUGCUGUGCCUCCCAGUCCAAAGAAGAUAUGAGUCGCCUCAAGCAAAUAUUGACACAGUGAAGCUGUAUUUCUCACAAUGUGAUCAUAAUAUGAUCUGUUCAGAGCCUGGCUACUAUGUUAAAUCAGUCACCACAACCUCGUUUGUUUUUGGUUUUUUAAAUAUUGUAUUUCAUAACAUUUUAAUUACACUUCUUCUGUUUAAACCACUGUCUGUCCAGACUGGAAUUAUGUCCUUUUGUAUUGUCAGAGGCAUGUUGGCAUUCCUGCAAAUUCAGUAAGCAAACGAGUAACAGUCUAUGUGUCGUCUUAUCUCUGGGUGCAUUUUGAGGAUGUGUGAAUAUUUGCAUGUGUGUGUGAUGUAAGCUUGAACAGAGGCCUGUCUCACACAAAAUGCAGAAUGAAAAGCUAACUAAGCUCAGUAAAAUAGCUUUUUCUUAAAAAAAAAA